GGGCUGGAGCCCCGUCUGGCAGACCUUGCUCGGCACCUUCUUCACCUGGGGCCUCACCGCUGCUGGAGCUGCUCUGGUCUUCAUUUUCUCACAGGGGCAGAAACAAAUUCUGGAUGGAAGUCUUGGUUUUGCUGCCGGGGUCUAUGGUAGAGACUGGUUGCAUCGCGGCCUGGUUCAGUAACUCGGGAGUGAAGAAGGCUGCAGCAAGUGGUAGACAUUGCCUGAUCCAUCACGGGUUCUGACCUCCCCACCAUCGGAGGGAUCUACAGAAGGCGCUACCUCAAGAAGGCAGCUAAUAUAAUCAAAUAUGUAGACGACCCUGGCUACGCUCUCGGCUUGCAACUAUCAUCAGGAAGAAGUUACAGAACCACUGGGACCUUCACUUCAAGAAUAGUUUCUUCCUUCUGUAACAUUCUGGCUCGUGAACACUUCACAACACUAACUUCAACCUACCUCAGGAGCUACAGUGAUGCUGGCUGCCUCUUACUGGUCACUGCUCGCCCCAGCCAUUGAGAUGGCAGAAUCUUCAGGGAGCUACGGAGCGUUUGCCUUCUUUCCAGUGGGAGUGGGCUUCACGCUUGGAGCAGCCUUUGUUUAUUUGGCUGAUGCUCUGCUGCCCUCACUGGGUAUUUUCGAUUCUCCUCAAAUUGCAUUUGCACUCAAUCAGGAACCGAAGCCAAUGAAAGAAAAGAAGGAAGAUGACGCUGGAGAUUCCCGGUCGCAGGAUGAGGAAUUUGCCAUACGGAUAGGUAGAGGUGCAUUAUCAGCAGACAAAGUAGACAAUGGAGAAGUCCAUCAGAGAAAGAGAGCGCCGCAGUCUGACAACUCCGAGAGUCUGAUGGCAUUCAGUCAAUCGAGGUCUGAGCAGCAACAACAAAGCAGUUGGAAGCGCAUUAUAUUACUCAUCCUUGCCAUCACCAUACACAAUAUCCCAGAGGGUCUGGCCGUGGGAGUUGGAUUUGGUGCUGUCGGCAUGUCUGCAUCAGCGACCUUUGAAAAUGCACGGAACUUAGCGAUUGGGAUUGGACUGCAGAAUUUCCCCGAAGGCCUUGCCGUUAGCCUGCCUUUGCACGGUGCAGGUGUGUCCAAAUGGAAGGCUUUCUGGUACGGCCAGUUAAGUGGCAUGGUUGAGCCAGUGGCGGGAAUAUUUGGUGCGUUUGCCGUAGUCCUGGCCAAGCCCCUGCUGCCCUACGCCUUGGCUUUUGCAGCCGGUGCCAUGGUAUACGUUGUAGUUGACGACAUCAUUCCCGAAGCACAACUCAGUGGAAACGGCAAGCUCGCUUCCUGGACCUCCAUCGUAGGCUUUGUCUUGAUGAUGUCGCUCGACGUAGGCCUUGGAUAAUCUGAAGAUGUGCUGUUUUCUGAAGAAAUUACUUUUUGGAACAUUAUUGUCAUCUCUACUAAUAUAUUUUUCUCUCUCUGUCUCUCUCUCUCCCUCUGCGAAAGAUGCUGAUGUCAUCACAAAUCUUGAUGACAUCAUCAAACUGAGUGCACAUUUCUACAUUGAUCUCACUGGAGCACAAUAAUGACAGCUUCUGGUCUGGAGGCAGGGGGGGGGGGGGGGGGGGUUACCUAUAUAACUUGACCCCUUUCAAUGGUCUGGGCCAUGGAUCAUUCUGCAUAUGUUUCUUCUGUUGUGGGUGUCCUUAAUGCUUGAAUCUUUGUGGCGUGUUUAUAAUGAGGUUUCCAGUCCACAUCCCUUCCCACUUCAGUGAUGGAGUCCAAAAAAAAAAUCCCACCAUUAACUCAGGUUAGGAAUAGAUUUAGAAUUUGGUGUCGACAAUUUUGUAAUAUAUUAAUACUGCGAUUAACUAUGUAGUUAUUUUAAUUAUGAUAACCUAUUGAAUGUUGAAUUCUGGUGCAUCACAAAGUGAGCAGAGACCUUGAAGGAUCAUUAUUUUACACUGUAAAAUUAUAGAACAUAUGAUCUUUAAUGUAUACAUUCGAGAAGACCUGUCACGGAAAACCUUUGAAACCUUCAUUCUGAUGUGAAGUUCAAGUCUCAAUUUGCAGCAUCCUUGAAAUCAUCUAUUUCUGCAUUAUUAUUAUUCGAUCGGUGAUUUCUGAAAUAGUUUGAGAUGUGCAGGGAUGUUUACAGUGACAUUGUCUGUAUUUUUUCACCAACAAGUGUGUCGUUGUCCUCGAAAAGGGGGUCUGGUUAAAUGUGCCUUUGUUGAUUCCGAGCCAUUUGUUUUGUUAACGCAGAAAGAGCACAAGGACAGAGACAUUUAUUUGGGCCACUGUUACGUUUUUAUAACCCGCUGGCACAAAGGUUGCUAUUGUUCCUUUAAAGUGACCUGCUGGCAUUUCCAGCAGACUUUACCUGCACUUAUAGAAUGUUAAAGGGGAACAAGCACAGAUUUCUUGAUACCAAAUCAAGGAUGGUUUAGUAGAUUUCCUUUACACAAGAGACAUUGACUAAAUAUAGAAGCCAACUAGAUCCAAGGGGGUUUGAAGAAGGGUCCCGACUUGAAAUGUCACCUAUCCAUGUAAUAUCCAGGGAUGCUCCCUCACAAGGAGUUUUGAUACAAACGCAGAGCUUUGCCAGUGUGGAGGCUGCAUCAUGGAGAAGAUGCAGACUUUCAACCGCUGUCUUUGAUGGUUAUGGGAUGGCUGCAUUGGUGCUGCAUUGACCAUUUAGCUCGCAAACGCUGCACAAACAACUGAUGGACUGAUACCGGGUAUGUUGCUGCAUGGACUCCUCCAGAUUUUAUCCUUCUUAAUAAGUCAGGUAGCAAACAAUCGGAGGGAGGCAGAGAAUAUCUCAGGAGCAACGAAUAAAACAUUUUCGAGUAUUGCGUCUGAUGUCCAGGAAUUUAAAAAGGACACAUUAAACUCUGGUGCAGUCAUUCCCAUGCUCCACACAAAAGAAAGUAAACUACAAAUACGACUCAUGUCAGGCAGAACCCAGUGUUGCACCGUGCCUUUCCCAGUGAAUACAAUGGGCCAGUGUGUUCAGAGGUUAAAAGUGUUUGUGCCACACUCACACACCCAUUCGCAGAACUUGACAUCGGUGUCCUUUUGGCCAGCUGCUCACUUUAAACAGAACGUAAGCAUACAAUGUCAUGUUUGUUUUGAAGUAAAUAUAUAACUACAGUAAUGAGGUGAAUUGUAAAAAGGUUAUUGAAAGAUAUUGUUUCGGCACAAAAUAGUUGGCAUUGUAACAUAAAAAAAGGGGGGGGGGGGGGGAAACUUGUGGGUGACUUGGAAUAAAUUAUAAUACAUGAACUCUGUAAACCCUAACACGAGUACCAGGGGUUUAAGGUUAGAAAGCAUUUAGACAAUAGACAAUAGGUGCAGGAGUAGGCCAUUCAGCCCUUUGAGCCAGCACCACCAUUCAAUGUGAUCAUCCCCAAUCAGUACCCCGUUCCUGCCUUCUCCCCAUAUCCCCUGACUUCGCUAUCCUUAAGAGCCCUAUCUAGCUCUCUCUUGAAAGUAUCCAGAGAACCAGCCUCCACCACCCUCUGAGGCAGAGAAUUUCACAGACUCACAACUCUCUGUGUGAAAAAGAGCUGAAUCAGCUCUCUCCCAAAGUUUUUUUCCGAUCAUAUUGUUCUUGGGGUAUUGCUAUCUGAUAAUGUCAUAUUGCGAAUGAGUUUCUUUAUAAUUGGCGAGUCUGGUAUUACUUUUCCAAAGAAAGGUAAUAGUUCAUAAGUUAUAGGAGCAGAAUUAGGCCAUUUGGUCCAUCAAGUCGACUCCGCCAUUCAAUGAUGGUUGAUCUAUCUUUCCCUCUCAACCCCAUUCUCCUGCCUUCUCCCCAUAACCCCCAACACCCGUACUAAUCAAGAAUCUUGUCAAUCUCCGCCUAAAAAAUAUCCAUUCACUUGGCUUUCCGUGGCAAGGAAUUCCACAGAUUCACCACUCUCUGGUGAAAGAAAUUCCUCCUCAUCUCCUUUCUGGAGGUUCGUCCUUUUAUUCUGAGGCUUUGGUCUCUGGUCCUAAACUCUCCCACUAGUGGAAACGUCCUCUCCACAUCCACUCCAUCCAGGUCUUUCACUAUUCGAUAACUUUCAAUGAGGUUCCCCCUCAUUUCUUCGAACUAGCUUUGACACUCAGUUAUGAGUGACCCAGAUACUCAAAUAAAGGAGGCAAAAUUCUCAUGUUUGCAACUAUAUUCAAAACUACAAUAUGUUUGGAAAGCUGCCUUCAAAACCAUGGUUGAAGAUUGCUGUAGAUGGUGAUCUGUGUGAGUGGAGGGGUGGCUCGGAGAGUACAUGGAGAGGGGUAGAUAUGCACACCACAGUUCUUUGUGUGACCGCACUCUGUAAGACUACUAUGAACGUUAGCCAUCAAAACCUGUCAGAGAUAAUGAAUGAAUGUUAAUAUCAUUGCUGUUGGGAGCCCAGAAAUGUGUAUCGUGAAGCUAGAUGGAGUAAAGAAAAGUUAUUAGUUUCACGUCUUCCUCAAAAGGCUCCGAUUUGGGAAUAAUUGCUCCUAUGGGCUUCUAAUGAAGUUUUUCAAUACAACCUUUUAACCUGAAGGAUUUUUGUACGUUUAUCUUGAAUUAUUUAAAAACCAGUCAGCAAAUCUUGUUUUGGUGACUGGUUUUAUAAUGACGAUGUAUCAUCAUUUUGUUGUGUGAAGACAAAUUAUCGGGAUAAUUUGCUUUCAUGUCAUGUUUUCUUCCCAACUCUGGACUUCAUGCACUGAAUCAUUAUGAAAAUGCCAGAUGACCAGGGUCUUUGAUACCAGCUACGUCCCAGGAGAAGAUGUAUUCCAAUUCUAUAUGAUGAAACCUUAAUAAGGGCGCCUCACAGUGCCAGGGACCCUGGUUCGAUCCUGGCCAUGGGUGCUGUCUGCAUGGAGUUUGCACGUUCUCCCCAGUGACCGUGUGAGUUUUUCUCCGGGUGCUCCGGUUUCCUCCCACAUCCCAAAGACGUGCAGGUUUGCAGGUCAAUUGGCUUCUGUAAAAUUGCCCCUGGUGGGUUGGAUGUUAAAGUGGGAUAACACGGAUGUGUGGGUGAUCAAUGGCCGGCAUGGGCUCGGUGGGCCGAAGGGCCUGUUUCCACGCUGUACCUCUAAACUCUAAACUUUGUCUCCUUUUGGACUCUUGUCGCUUUUAAUUUGAUUUGCCUUUAUUUCUAUUGCUGUUAUAAAUUCUUCUUUAAUCAAUAACUCCCUGGCAUAAACCCUUUCAGGACAGUGACACUGAUUGUCGGAACUAAUGUAAAGAUGAGUUUCAAUGUUAUGAUUAGAAUCACAGGAUUCAGGGCUUGAUCGGGGGGGGGGGGGGGGGGAGCUCAUUGCUUUCCAAUGAUUUCUGAAACGCGAGUGAUGUAGCAAAAUUGAAGCAAAUUAAACCAUGUUGAAUCACACAAACCCUUUGUCAGUUGUCUGUGGUAAAUUUUGUAUCAGCUUCGGCUGAUGAGAAACUGGCUCAGCUGGCAGAGCUGCUGCCUCACAGCGCCAGUGACCCGGGUUCGAUCCCACUCUCGGCUGCUGCCUGUGCGGACUUUGCACUUUCUCCGUGUGACCGCAUGGGUUUCCUCACACACCCCAAACGAGUGCGGGUUUGCCGGUUUAUUGGCCCGCUGUAAACUGUCCCGUGUGUGUACGGGGAGUGGAUGAGAAAGUGGAAUUACGUGGAACUAGUAUGAAUGGGUGAUCGAUGGUCGGCAUGGACUCCGUGGGCCGAAGGGCCUCUUUCCAUACUGUAUCUCCAAAAAACUGGGAAGUACUAAACUAAUAAAACUAUGGUAUCAUUCAUAACACCUGACACGCAUACCAAUCACGAAUCUAUCUAUCUCUGCAUUAAAAAUAUCCAUUGACUUGGCCUCCAAAGCCUUCCGUGGCAAUGAAUUGCGGAAUUCACCACCCUCUGACUAAAUAAAUUAUUUUUCAUCUUGUUUCUAAAGGUUUGUCCUUUUAUUCUGUGGCUAUGGCGUCUGGUCCUAGACUCUCCCAUUAGUGGAACUAUCCACUCUAUCCAGGCCUUUCACUAUUCGGUAAGUCACCUUGGUUUUCUCGGGCAUCCUUAUGGACCUAUUACGGACGCCCUUUUAAAGCAGGUCCGCAGAAAAACUCCAGUUGAGAUAGUCGGAGUCGGGAAAGUUUGAAAGAAUCCAGGGUAGCCCAAAGACAGUUUUCAUUCUAAUUCUAUCUCUAUUACUUCAUCUGCCUGAACACUUUGGCUUAAACAUAGUUUGAUUCAUGAGUGAACCAGACGAAAUGGUAUCGCUACUGAGCGGAGGGUGUAAGGGCCAAAAGGUUUCUAAGCCCUGACUAAUAAUUGGCAUGUCAGUCCAGGAAUACAAUUUAGAGCUGCACUUCCUUCCUUUCUCCCUCAUUGCUUGAAGUCUGCAGUCUGGGAGUGAUUAUCCCAGCAUGUCUGUGCACACAGUAUACUUUUAUUAGCUCUUGUUUGAACGCUUUCUCUUCACCUCUUCUGGUCCUUAUUCCGUGACGACGUAAACAAAGGAAAAAUCGAAGGUGUUUGCAGAGAGAUUUAAAUCCUGACUAGUAACAUAAAUGAGGUAUCUUUAAUAAUCCAAACGGACAUGGUGUUGAGCAAAUUUCAGUUGCGACUCUUAUAUACUGCCUCAGUGUCAUCUACUGCUCUUACACUCUAGUAUUUAAAUAUGAUUGUGCCAAUGUACAGUAAGAUUUUUACAUAACUGUGCAACAAUAGAAUUUCAUUUUAGCUCGGUAGCGUUACAAUAAAAUAGUUCAGUUUGGUUUAGUUUCUAUGUGGAAUAUUAAACAGUGCCUGCUCACAUGAUUCCAUUUCAGGUCCAGUGUAAGUUGUACCAUUUCGUAGCUCAUGGGUGGCUCAGCGGUCGAGUUGCUGCCUCACAGCGCCAGAGACCCAGGUUCAAACCUGACUACGGGUGCUGUCUGUAUGGAGUUUAUACGUUCCCCCCGUUCGCUCCGGGUGCUCCAGUUUCUUCCCACACUCCAAAGACAUACAGGCUUGUAGAUUAAUUGGCUUGGUAAAUUGUCCGUAGCAUGUGUAGGAUAGUGCUAAUGUGCAGGGAUCGCUGGUCGGCACGGACUCGGUAGGCUAAAGGGCCUGUUUCCGCACUGUAUCUCUAAACCAAACUAAACUAUUGUCACAUGUAUUCUAAAAUUGGAAAUUAAUUUAUGCAAAGAUGAUAAACCAAUACCCCAUGGGUAAACAGAGUGGCGCAGCAGGUAGAGCCACUGCCUCACAGCACCAGAGACCCGGGUUCGAUCCUGACUACGGGUACUGUCAAUGAAAUUGUACGUUCUCCUCGUGAGAGCGUGGGUUUUCCCCGGUUGCACAGUCCAAAGACGUGUGCGUAUGUAGGUUAAUCGGACUCUAAAUUCCCCCAAGUGGGUGGAGACUCAAUGGAAAAGAGUGAUAACAUGCAACCCGUACAUACGGGGUGAUUGCUGGUCAGCGUGGACUUGGUGUACCGAAGGGCCUGUUUCCAUGCUGUAGCUUCCAAUUCAAUUCAAAUUCUUUCAUGGUCUCAACCAUGUUAGUAGUGAAAGCUCCACUG